CUUGACCACCAAGGCCAGCCUCUUCCUGAAAGCCCCGCUCGCGGCGAUACAGGAAGUGGCAGGGAGCGAGCGCCCUGCGCGGCGGCGGAGUCCGCACUCGGCGCGGGGCUGGCGACGGCGCCCCCGGCCCCUCCUAGGGCAGCCGCAGCGCCAUGCGGGCUCCCGGGGCUCUGCGGUCCACGCCGCGCGCCUGAGCCCCGCGGAGCAGAGACCCGAGCGGCCGGCGGCAUGAUCCGACGGGCAGGGGCGCCAGCGCGCGGGGACCCCGCGGGUCCUGUUCCAGAUGUUGGCAAAGGAGAAGGAGAGGAAGAGGAGGAAGAGGACGGCAUGGGGCUGCGUCUGACUACCACUUCCAAGAACUGCCUUCCUCGCCGGGGCAUCAGUAUCCUGGAGAAGCUGAUCAAGACGUGCCCUGUGUGGCUGCAGCUGGGCCUGAGCCAGGCAGAAGUGACCCGGAUCCUACAUCAGGAGGUUGCCGGGUUGUUCCUGGUCCGCCGGGACAGCAGCCUAAAGCGCCUGGUGCUCUGCGUCCGUGUCCCAUCCCUAAGUGGUGGUUCCUCCCAGGUGCUCGAGUAUCCCAUCAGAGAGGAGAAAUCAAUAUUGUACCUGGAAGGCUCAGUUCUUGUGUUUGAGGACAUCUUCAAACUGAUCGCAUUCUACUGUGUCAGUAGAGACUUACUACCCUUCACGCUGCGGCUGCCCCAGGCCAUCCUCGAGGCCAACAGCUUCACAGACCUCGAGACUAUCUCCAACCUGGGCCUUGGCUUCUGGGACUCUUCACUGAACCCCCAACGAGGAGGUGGCCGCCCACCCGAGUGCCGGAAGGACCCGGAUCCUGGAGGCCCCGUAGCCUCCAGCCUCAGGUCCACAGCCCAUUAUGCAAACUGUUCCUGCGAAAUCGAGCUGUCCAUAGGAAGCGAUCGCCUGUGGUUUGUGAAUCCUAUCUUCAUCGAGGAUUGUGGCAGCGCCCUGCCUGCCAACCUGUCGCCUCCUGGCUGCUGCAGCUCAUGCCCUGAGCCUGCCAUCUCGGACACUACUACCUCACCCACCUCCAGGUGGGCCCCCCGCCGCCCCCCGCCUCCACCUCCCGUCCCAGUGCCUUCCCCUGCCCGAGCCCCAGUGCUUCCUCCUCCUGCUUGUCCUCUGCCCAGCACUCCCCCAGCCUCUGUCCCCCACCUCCCGUCCCAUGUCCCAGAACCCCCAGACCAUCCAAGUCAGCCACCCAUGACAGCCUGUGAGAGGCUCCCACACCCUACCACAGGCCUAGGAGCCUUCAGAGAACAAGAGAUGAAGCCGGGCAUGGCCCCCAGCCCCUCGCACCCAACCCCUGCCCCUCCAGUGACCCCAAAGAAGAGCCUUCCUGCCGUGCCUCCCCGGCGGCGUAUCUCUGAGAGGCUGUCCCUGGAAGACCAGAGUGUGGGGAAGGUAGCUGAUGAGGACCAGCUGGGCCUUUCUGGGGCAACCCAGCUCACCUUGCCUUUGCAAGGGACCUCGAGCAGCCCUGGAGACAGUCCUCAAAAGAUCAGAGAACAAGCCCAGGAAACAGAGGUCAAAGCCAGCGACCCAGGCAGCAUGCCAGACCCUCCCAGGAAGACCAGACAACCCCCGGUCCCGCCUCCAAGGAAGAAGCGGAUCUCCAGACAGCUGGCCACUGUCCUCUCAAGUCCCCUAGAGAGUGACAAGUCCCCCACAAAGGAGGUGGCCUCUGAGAAGCCCACACCUGGUGUGCCCAGAGAAGGUCAGGGUGCUGCCCCCCAGUCUGGGACUCCACAUCUCCAUGCCCAGGCCAGCACCUGUGCCCAGAGCUCUUCUGAGUUCAAGGGCUCCCUGGCCUCCCUCCCAGACAGCCUGGGAGUGCCGUCCUCAACGGUCGACCAGGACUCGUACUCAACCAGUAGUGCAGAGGAGGAGCUGGAUUUUAGCAGCCCCAGCGUGAAGAAGAAGCCCUCAAUGAUCUUGGACAAGGCGCGCCACCGGCUGAGCUUUGCCAGCUUCACCAACGUCUUCCAUGCCUUCCUCUCCAACAACCGCAAGCUGUACAAGAAGGUGGUAGAGCUGGCACAGGACAAGAGCUCAUACUUCGGCAGCCUGGUCCAGGACUAUAAAGUGUACAGCCUGGAGAUGAUGGCACGCCAGACCUCCAGCACGGAAAUGCUGCAGGAGAUCCGCACCAUGAUGACCCAGCUCAAGAGCUACUUGCUGCAGAGCACCGAACUCAAGGCCCUAGUGGACCCUGCCCUGCACGCGGAGGAGGAGCUCGAAGCCAUCGUGGAGUCGGCCCUGUACAAGUGCGUCCUCAAGCCCCUGAAGGAAGCCAUCGACUCAAGCCUGCAUGAGAUCCACAGCAAGGACGGCUCCCUGCAGCAGCUCAAAGUGAACCAGCAGGUAGUCCUGGCCACCACCACCACCGACCUGGGUGUGACCACCAGUGUGCCCGAGGUGCCCGUCCUGGAGAAGAUCUUGCAGAAGCUGGCUGGCAUGCACAAGGCCUACUCGCCCGAGAAAAAGAUCUCCAUCCUGCUCAAGACCUGCAAGCUCAUCUACGAUUCCAUGGCUCUCGGCAACCCAGGGAAGCCCUACGGGGCCGACGACUUCCUGCCCGUGCUCAUGUACGUGCUGGCCCGUAGCAAUCUGACGGAGAUGCUCCUGGACGUGGAGUAUAUGAUGGAGCUCAUGGACCCCGCCCUGCAGCUCGGAGAGGGCUCCUACUAUCUGACCACCACCUAUGGGGCCCUGGAACACAUCAAGAACUAUGACAAGAUCACGGUGACCCGACAGCUGAGUGUGGAAGUGCAGGACUCCAUCCACCGCUGGGAGCGAAGGCGCACGCUCAACAAGGCCCGGGCCUCACGCUCUUCGGUGCAGGACUUCAUCUGCGUGUCGUACCUGGAGCCCGAGCAGCAGGCGCGGACCCUGGCAUCGCGCGCGGACACGGCUGCGCAGACGCUGUGCGCUCAGUGCGCCGAGAAGUUCGAGGUGCCGCAGCCGCAGGACCACCGGCUUUUCGUGCUGGUGGACGGGCGCUGCUUCCAGCUGGCUGACGACGCGCUGCCGCACCGCAUCAAGGGCUACCUGCUGCGCAGCGAGCCCAAGCGCGACUUCCACUUCGUGUACCGGCCACUGGACGAGGGCGCGGACGGCGGCCCACCCUGCCUGGUGGUGCGGGAACCCAACUUCUUGUGACGCAGGGGCCAGGCCGAGGAGGACCAGACUGGACGUCCCCCGUCCCCCACUGGGUCCUGCGCUCACCUUCCCUCAUCGAACCACAAGCACUUGUACACACAUUCCCAGACCAACCCGCCAAAGACAGGAUAAUAGUAAAAACAUGAAGCCAAAGGCACUUCAUAACACGGGAGGCCAUGCUUUUCAGCAGAAACUGAGGCUCCAAGAGCAAAGAGGCUCCGAGGCCCGCCGCAGCCCACAGGCCGCCCCAUGCUCCUGCGUGGCCUCCAGGCCAGGCCCUCUUGCUCCGUGGCCCUCUUUGGUCUUGGCAAGAGGAGCCUGAGCUCAGUUUCCCUGGCUGGGGAAGGAGCGCCUGGCUGCCACCGCAUACUGUGCCCCUCAGGGAGGAGCUGGGGUGUUUCCCCCAGCAUCUCAGGAACAUCUCUCAGGGUGUUGAGGCAGGGAUGCCCCCAGCCUGGAGCCUGCCCUCAGCCUGCAGUGCCCCAGCGACCUGAGCCCUUUGGGACCUGCACGCCGGGCCAGCUCCGAGGACAUAUGGAGGAGCCCACCUCUGCCACAGGGGAGAGCAGACACCACUGUUGUAAGAGGCACUGUUGGAGCCAUGUAAUAAAAACACUUUGGCGAAAAAUACUGCUUCCUUCUCUGAAAGGACUCAUUAGCCCAGCCCUAUCCACAGCCUGACUCCAGCCUGGGGCCGUUUGGAAGACCCUCUCCGGUGCCAGGGCCCGCAGGGCAUUCAGCCACUCGCAGCGCACCAGCUUGGGCCUGGCCCUGUUUACCCCUCAGCAGGUUCAUCUUUUGCAUGCCCGUCAUUCCAAGCUCUUGGUCAUUCCCUGAACCACCUCUUACCUUUGCCUCUGCUACUCUCCUAGGAAUACCAUUCCCUGUGAGCUUCACCUGGCCAACUCCUGUGCAUGCUU